AUGAACUUUGACAAUAUAUCGGUAAGAAGUCAACUACAAAUCAGAGAUGUGCACAUUAUUAGUGACCUGAAGAUUAUUGAGCCAAAAAUCUUCCCUGAUCGUAGAGGUUACUUUGUGGAAUGUUACAAUGAAAAUGAAUUUUCUUCUUUAGGAUUUAUAGAAAAAUUCAAGCAGGACAAUCAUUCAUACUCGAAAUAUGGCGUCUUACGUGGGUUGCAUGCGCAACCAGGAAUGGGCAAAUUGAUAUCUGUAAUAUGUGGUAAAAUAUACGAUGUCGCUGUAGAUAUUAGACCGAAAUCCAAAACAUUCGGGAAAUGGUAUGGCAUUCUGUUAAAUGGAGAAACUCGGACAAAUUUCUGGAUACCUGAUGGGUUUUUGCAUGGAUUUUACGUUUUAUCAGAAGAAGGAGCUCAUGUCACAUAUAAAUGUACAUCAAUAUAUAAUCCGAAAACAGAAUUCGGUGUGAAUCCUUUUGAUCCCGAUUUAGCCAUUGAUUGGCCUAUUGCUGACAGCAAUGAAUUGAUUAUAAGUGAUCGAGAUCAAUCUCAUCAAAAUUUAAAAUCAUUAUCAUUAGAAAAGUGA